AUACAUGUCGGCCGCCACCAUUGACUCCAAAAGAGGCGGCACAUCGUAACGCAAAGACGAGCCUUCCUAAUCGCAAAGGCGGAGGAGACGAACGGGUGGUCGUGUUAUAAAGGAGCACUCGGAGUCGCUGCCAUAGCCUCCGUCAAUCCUCUUAUUUCUUGGCUUGAGGCCGUGAGAGGCGGAGAAAGAGAGACACAAUGGCGACUCUGGCCGGAGGAAUCUACGACUCGGCGUCCCAAAACAGCUCUAAGGUCGAAGAGCUCGCACGCUUCGCCAUCGACGAGCAUAACAAGAAAGCGAAUGCUACUCUGGAGUUGGUGGGGGUGGUGAAGGUGAAGGAGCAAGUGGUGGCAGGUCAAAUGUACUACCUGACCCUGGAGGCAAAGGAGUCUAAUGGAGAGAAGAAGCUAUAUGAAGCCAAGAUCUGGGUCAAGCCCUGGAUGGACUUCAAGGAACUCCAGGAGUUCAAGGAGUUGGAUGACUCCCUUGCUGCUUAGCCAGCAGGAAAGCAGGAAAUCUUCAUGGUGUGGGCGAAUAUUAUGUUGAAGACUAGUGUAUCAUGUUGAUGGUUGUGAAAGUCUAUCUUCAAAAUAAAUUUCUGUAAUGCAGCAGUAUAUAGCUAAUAUUGCUAGCUUUUGGUGUUCUUUCUGGUAUUACACUGUACUAAAUUAUCGCGUCUGUGGUGAAACAUCGGUGCACUGUUGCGCUAACGUAUUAUCGCAUAUUUGUAAAGGUAUUACAUUAGGUCUCGUGAUCGAAUUCAUGCCGAAAAUGUGCUGUAUGUCAUUUAAUAUGAUGAAUAAAAAAUAUUUUUAAAAA